UGCAAUCGAGGAUUUCCAGAAGUAGUUACUCGAGAGAAUUUUUUCGGAUGAAAAAAUGAUGGAUUUUCAUGAAAGGAGCAAUUUUUAUAUUUUCAAGUGUCAUUUCUAAACUUUAUUCUUAGCUAAUAAUCUCACAAAAUAAAUAAGAUUAGUAGCUAUAUUUGCACCUUGAAGGGAGAAACGAAGAGUCUAAGCAAAUCCUGAGCCAAUCCUCAAUCCGCCAAUUGAUAUCAAUUGAUAUCGGUGGCGCGCUUAGCGUUGAAUCGCGCGCUUGUCAAUUGCGCAGGCUGUCGUAUCGGCAUAUCGCAAUCAUAUCGGAUAACGGCGAGCAAUUUUGCGGUAAAGGAUGAUACAGGACGUUAUUCUAUCCUGCAGCCACGCAAAAGCGCAUUUUCGCGAAUCGCUGACACAGCCGCAAUAGAAGACACGGGUCUCCUUGUCAGAGAUAGAGCUUCGGCUUGACAGAUACCGAGUCUGGAACUUGUCACAACGCAGAGGUAGAGCGCAGAGCCGCGUUUAUCACUCAACAUUCCGAUUCGAACGGCUGCGGGCACUCGAGAGAUGAGUCGUCACGAGUUCGCGUAAUUGAAUUAAUUAAACAUUAUUAAACACAUAAUAGUGAAUUAAGUUAGUUGGAGUAUAACGUUCCGUAUCGCUUCUAGUAUUUAUAACGCGAUGUCGUGUAUCGUUAAUGAUGAUCGUUGAAUGACCCAUACAUGUAUGUGAAGCGAAAUCUCGUUCUGUCUUUCCCCUCACGUAACGCACAUUCUUUGUCUUUGUCCACGUGAGAAACGUGAAUGAUGCAUCUCGUUUUUUCCUAUGAUACAUUUUACAACAGCUCAUUUUCUUUGAGCGACAUGGAGUACGAUAGUUCCCUGUGAUUUAUGAUUUCAGUUUUGGAUAUGAUAUAAUCAAUACAUAAGAAAUAAAAUUGAGGACGUUAUUAGGGAUCCAUGUAUAAUAAAUAUGUACUGACGUGCACUGCAGCGUGUGGAAUCAUUCUAAGGUGACCCUUGGUUUUGUCAUGCGGAAUAGAUCAAUCAGUAUAAUUUUUGGGUCCCUUGUCUUAUGGGCUGUGGCUACAUACUUUUUAUUUUUGGAUCAGCAAUCAGUUGGCAAGGAUCAGGAUAAGGAUAAACUGUCAAAUCAAAUUAGCAGAUUAGAAAAACAAGUAAAACAACAGAUAAUUAUAAAUAAGGAGCUUCUUAAAGGAAUUGAGAAUAAACGUCGUAAGAAAUAUGAAAAAUCAAAUGCUGCCCAUGUAUCAAUAGAUGAGAUUGAGACAAAUAAGAAUAAAAAACAUGAAAAUAAAUUUGAAAGCGUCUUAUUGCAAAAGAUUGAGAAUAACAUUGAUCAGAGAAAAUCUAAAAGUGAACAGAAACCAACACAAGAUACUUAUAUAUCUACUGAGACAAAUCACGAGAGCACUACUCUGAAGCAAAAACUACCUGAUGGAUCUCCAAUAAUAGCUAUUUUGGUUGUUUCUUGUAAUCGUGUUACAGUAGACCGCUGUUUAGAGCAAUUAAUAAGAUUAAGACCUAGUAAAGAACAAUUCCCAAUAAUUGUAUCGCAGGACUGUGAUCAUCGACAAACUGCUGAUGUCAUAGCAAAAUAUGGAAAUCAGUUAUUACAUAUAAAGCAACCUGAUCAAUCAGAUAUUGAAAUACCACCUAAAGAAAAGAAAUUUAGAGGCUACUUUAAAAUCGCACGUCACUAUAAAUGGGCGUUGAAUCAAGUAUUUGUAAAGCUUGGAUAUAGUACUGCAAUUAUUGUUGAAGAUGAUUUGGACAUUGCUCCAGACUUUUACGAGUACUUCCUGGGGACUUAUCCCCUAUUAGUAAAUGAUAGCUCUCUAUGGUGUGUGUCAGCGUGGAAUGAUAAUGGUAAAGCCGGCUUGGUGGACGAGCAUGCGCCACAUUUACUUUACAGGACAGAUUUCUUUCCUGGCUUAGGUUGGAUGCUUACACGCGAUUUAUGGUUGGAGCUUGCAUCAAAAUGGCCAAAGUCAUAUUGGGAUGAUUGGAUAAGGCAACCUGAACAGCGAAAGAAUAGAGCUUGCAUCCGCCCGGAAAUAUCGCGAACCAGGACAUUUGGUAAACUUGGAGUUAGCAAUGGCUUAUUCUUUGAAAAACAUUUAAAAUACAUCAAGCUGAAUGAACAAUUUGUGCCUUUCACCAAGAUGAAUCUAUCCUACUUGCUAAAAGAUAAUUAUGAUAUAGCUUUCGUCAACCAAGUAUACCAAUCAACAGUGGUUAGUUAUACAGAAUUAAAGAGUGGGAAUAUAGUUGCUCCCGGUCCGGUACGGAUACCAUAUUAUACUCGUCAAUCGUUUAAAAAUACCACCAAACUGCUUGGUUUAAUGGAUGAUUUCAGGAGCGGCGUACCUAGAUCCGGAUAUCGCGGUGUGGUGACGUUUUUCUAUAAUGGAAGACGUGUACAUUUAGCACCGAGUGCAAACUGGAGUGGUUACGAUAUUACAUGGAGCUAACACAUAAUAAUGCUUUACAUGGACUUGUAGAUUGCAUAAGAAUGCAUUUCUUCCUUGAUAUUCGAUUAAGAAUAUUGGUUAAUUAAGUGAAAAUGAAAUAUUUAUGUGACAUACUAUUAUAUAUUUUGCAUAAUUAAAACCGGUAUUACAUUUUUUGAAUGUGACUGGUUUUAAAUAUGAUCUUUUUUGCGACAUAUAUUUUAAAGAUAUAUGUAUGCGCUUUACAAAAAUUAUAUCCAUGUUUCUUGGAAUAGAUUUGAAUGACUGAGAAAGAAUUAUGAAUAUAUUAAAAAAAAUUAUUGUUAAUGAUAUUCAUCAUGUUUCAUGUAUAUAAAAUGCUGUAGUAAUAUUGAUAAAGCAAUACUGUUUUCAUUAAUUACUAGGUAUCUUCCAAAACAAAAAUAUGUUGAUAUAUUUUUGUUCAGUUUGACAAUUAGUUUUGUUAUAAAGUUGAUAUGCGACAUAAAACAAAUGAAAUAAUUUUAUUGAA